AACAGAAACAUUCAACCAAAUCCAAAGUAGCAUAUUAUAUUUGCAUAAACCCUCUCUAAAACCCUUGAUUGAGAAAAUCACAAAGUUGUGUUUAAUCAAUCAGGAAAAUAUGUCUUGUUCAAUGGCUCUAAGUCUGAGAAAAGCAGCUGGAGCUUCAACACUCUUCAAAUUCCUCUGCCCCAAAUCCCAUUUUACCACUGCUGCACCUUCAAUCACACGCUUUUUUUCUUCCACUAGCAAGGAUCAGAGCAACUCUACUGACCCAAUUAUGGUAAAGGGUGCUCCACAAGAAUUCAAGAUGGAGAACCCAUUUCAGUCAGCAGGACCAAAGGAGGUGCUAGAAGUGGAUAAUGUGAAGGAUGGUAUACUCAUAAGAGUGGCAAUGCCUGGUGUCGGUGAAGAUGGGAUUAAGGUAUGGUUAGAGGACAACACAGUUUACUUCACUGGCAGAGGAGAAAUUGAAGUGGAAUCUGAGGAAUCAGGGAGGAAAUAUGGAGGGAGUCUUGAGUUUAGUACUGAUUGCUGUAAAGCUAAGCAGGUUGAAGCACAAAUGAAGAAUGGUAUUCUUAGAAUGGUAAUUAAAGGUGAUAUGGGAGAAGAUUGACUGUCUUAAUGUUCUUUUUUUGUUCAUCUUGUUGAUAUAUGAUAUAUCCUAGACAUGAUGUAUGAAAACGUAAAGAGGCCGCAAACAAGUUAAGAUCAUCUGUUACAUGGCAAGGUUUUGUUCAAAAGAUGACGAGAGAAUAAUGUUACUAGACGUGGUCAGGUUAUAUUGGGACUCAUUAAGGAGAUGAACUUUGUAGUAUUUGGGGAAAUAUUUGAUCAAAGGUCUAUACUAUAUGAUGGUCGUUAGAAUUACUUAAUCAAUUGGGAGUAAUUGCAAACAUUCUUUGAGAAAAAUGGUAUUUCUUGUUGUGUGUCCCUUGAAUCGUAUUACUCCUUUUGUUUCCACUUUGUUUGGCACAUUUACCAUUUGGACUUUUGAGAAUGAAAUAGGUUCCUCUUUGAAUUAUUAGUAACUACUUUGACUUAUAGUAGUAUUUUUUAUGUAGUUUCUAAAUAAGCAAAUCUUAAUGGAGCUCAAUUAGCUACUUGGGUUUCUGAAUGGUGAAGUCAUUGGUUCCUUAAUUGGUGCUGAUUCUAAGUGUCAAUCUAGAACUUAUCUUUCUGCGA